AUGGCGCAGUGUUUUGAUACUUGGACUAAUCAAUAUGUCUAUUGCACUUCGAAUAGGACUGCAUACAUUGCGGUAGGAGUUAUCGUUCCGGCAUUGAUUUUUAUUCUUAUUAUCCUAAUUUUUCUUUAUCGUCGGUACAAAUUAAAAAAAUAUCAACGAGAUCAACAGAUGUAUGUCAUGAACACUAUCGUACCGAUUCACAACCAUGAUGAGCAACAACAAGCACCAUACAGCUCUACAUAUCCACCUACGUAUACAACGGUAACCGAGAAUCCUUAUGAGAAACCACCAUCGUACGAACAAACUGUUCAAGAGAUAUCAGAAGCCAAUCGCAUGGCUAAUGAUCCUGCAGCUAUUCUACCUGUUACGACCAUGACAUCAUCAGCAGCAGUACAAACAACUAAUCCAUCACGAAAUUAA